AUCUCCCCACAGUUUCACAUCUCUUUCUCACAACCUGUGUGGGGUCUUCCUUCCUGGAUACCGGUGACUCACCCCAGUUCUCACUCCCCAUUGCCUGGAGGGUCCAGAGCCACCAAUCAGCAUCACAGCUGCUGACAGACAGUCUGGACUCAAGAGUCUCCCCAGACCUCAAGAGCACCCGUCAUGAGGCCCCCAACCCUCCUGCUGCUCUCAGGGGCCCUGGCCCUGACAGAGACCUGGGCAGGCUCCCACUCCCUGAGGUAUUUCUCCACCGCGAUGUCCCGGCCCGGCCCCGGGGAGCCCCGCAUCAUCUCGGCGGGCUACGUGGACGACACGCAGUUCGUGCGGUUCGACAGCGACUCCCCCGGGCCGAGAAUGGAGCCGCGGGCGCCCUGGAUGGAGCAGGAGGGGCCGGAGUACUGGGAGGGGGAGACGGGGAUCUCCAGGAACAACACCGCGUGGUAUCUACACAGCCUGAACAACCUGCGCCGCUACUACAACCAGAGCGCGGCGGGCUCUCACACCCUCCAGUGGAUGUCUGGCUGCGACGUGGGACCCGACGGGCGCCUCCUCCGCGGGUACAGUCAGUUCGCCUAUGAUGGAGCUGAUUACCUGGCCCUGAACGGGGACCUGCGCUCCUGGACCGCGGCGGACUCGGCCGCGCAGAUCACCUGGCGCAAGUGGGAGGCGGCCGGAGAGGCGGAGCGCUUCAGGCACUACCUGGAGGGCAGGUGCGUGGAGUCGCUGCGCAGAUACCUGGAGAUCGGGAAGGAGACGCUGCAUCUCGUAGAUCCCCCAAAGACACAGGUGACCCACCUCCCCACCUUUGACCAGAAGGUCACCCUGAGGUGCUGGGCCCUGGGCUUCUACCCUGCGGACAUCACCCUGACCUGGCAGCGACAUGGGAAAGGCCUGACCCUGGACAUGGAGCUGGUGGAGACCAGGCCUGGGGGGGACGGAACCUUCCAGAAGUGGGUGGCUGUGGAGGUGCCUUCUGGAGAGGAGCAGAGAUACAGGUGCCGUGUGCAGCAUGACGGGCUGCUGGACCCGCAAUUCCUGACUUGGGGCAGCAAUAGCACCCAGGGCUCUGAUAUGCCUCUCACAGCUGCUAAAGGAGCACCUUGUGCCACCAGGGCCUGUGAUCACAGGGUCAGACCCCACCAGGCCUUGUGUAGUCUGGGCAGGGAGUGCUUGUGUGACCGGGUCAGCCCAGGCUCAGCUCAGGCUCAGCUCAGGGUCUAGCCUUCCUAUAGAUUCCUGUUUGCUUCUUUGUUCUUGUUUGUUUGUUUGUUUUUUGCUUUAUGCCUAUUCUCUUUGAUGUUUAGAGACCAGGCCUCAUGUCCUCUUGGUCCCUGUCUCUGAGAGCAGCAGGAGCAUCUGUCAUUGGCCCCACAAGGCCCAGGGUAUCCCCUGCAUGCAGGAGUCUGGUGAUAUGGAUUUCCAGACUCAUCUGAUUUUUGGCCUCAUUUAGGACUUUUUUUGGAUUAUUCUUUCCAUCUUUUCCAACAAAAUCCUGGUAUUACUAGAGAAGAGGAUUUGAUGAUUUCCUGAUGGAUUUAGAUAAGUUCCUGAUAGUUUUCUGGUUUUCUCUAUAGCUUCUCCCCAUAACCCUGACCUUUAAUGUAGUAAUCCCAGUGCUGGUGCUAAUCGAGACCCAUGGGUUGAUGGAGUCAAUUACCAUCAUAGUUGGCUGAAAAAUAGGACCCUUAAGCCUAGGAACUUGGGUCCUCCCUGGUGGCACCGGGGUUAAGUCUCAGCACUAUUAACUCUAUACCCCAUGUUCAAUCCCCAGCCAGGGAGCUACCCACUUAUGGUGCAGCAGACCUCUCCUGUUUCGCCCGCUGCUCCCCUUAGCAGUGUAUUCCAUUAAAUCUGCCUGUUCUGCUCCCCACUCUUUGUGGUGAAUCCUCUUACCAACCCCAUCCAUGCACUCUGAUCUACACCCCAGUUCUUCUACACAAAUAUAAAUAAAUAUUUUUAAAAAACCCUACAAACUCCUCUAAUGUGUCACGUUAGUACCGACACUGUCUCUAGAACAGGGAGAUACUCUACACUGAUGACACACCAGAUAGCUGAUAACUAUUGCACCAGAUGUGUGACUGACUGUUUAUACAACUAGGAAAACUCAGUGAACUAAAAACAUGCACAACUUGCUGCCUGCAGAGAGUGUGUCCUAGUGGGGAGAGGAGACUGGGGACUGUGUGACAGCAGAUCAGAUGGUCAACCACGCGUGUCUGGUUAGAAGUGGGUAAGGGAUGUGGGAAGGUGACAGGGUGGUUUUCUUCCCAGCGUGGUCAGUGUGGGUUUCACUGAAGGGACCUUUGAGAAAAAGUCUGAUGGACACGUUGCCCACAAGGAUGUGAUGUACAGGGAAGUUCAGUCCAGGCAGGACAACCUCCAAUGCAGAUGCCUAAGCAGGAAUGUGUCUGUGUGACUGACAUGAGCAAGGAGGCCAAGGACUGAGCAGAGGCCAGUGGAGAUGGGAUCUGUGUGCACCCAGAUCAUCCAGGCCUGAGGAUAUUGGGAGGGUUUGACUCUCUGAGUAAGAUGUGGGGUGACAAGACCUUCUGAACAGAUAGACACCUGUGGGACUUCUCUCUGGUAGCCUCAGUCUGGCUGCUGUGCAGCAUGAAAGGGUGAGAGGUGGGAAGAGAAAUGGAGGAAACCAGUGCAGGUCCCAGGACAGAGAGGUUGGUGGCUUUGUUGGGGGGUGAGCAGGGAAAUAACAGGCAGUGACAGGAGUGUGCAUAUGUAGACAUGGACUUUACAGUGUUUCCUACUCCUGGGCUGUGAGAAAGGGUCAAGGAUGACACUCAGUGUCUCAGACUGUGCAGGCAGAGAGGUGGAGCCUCAGUGACAUGGGGAAGACUCCAGAAGACCCAUAUGUGGGCAUCCCAGGCAUUCACUUUAGGAAAGUUGAAUCAGAUCCAUUAGAAUUGAAAGUGAGGUUGGCAGUUGGACAGAUAAGUCUGGGGCACAGGUGAAAUGUCUGAGGUGAGAAAGAGAUCUGGGAGGUGAUGUGAUGUCAAUGAUAUUUAAAGUCUUGUGCAUGUAAGGAUCGCCCGGAAAGUGAUGACUAAGCAAGAGAAAAGAGCAGAAUUGAACUCCAGAUUCCAUAGUGAUGAGCAAUCGGAGCAGACACUCCCCCAGAGCUGACUGCAUAGUCUGACCCCACAUGGAGAAGACAUGGAGAACAGGGAGUUCCCGCUUCAGGGAGCAGAAGAGUCACCUGGACUCUCAUGAAGACUC